GCAGGGCUCUUGCAGAACAGCAUAGGAAGUGGAGGUGGUAGGGGGCAUUCAGGACAUUGACACUGUUCCUGCCUGUUGAAACCAAGUUUCUCGUGUCUUUGAAGCAUCCAUGGUGGUUUUGCUGAUCUGUUUGGUGGCUGAGAUAGCACUACUGCAUCCCUGUGCUACAGGACCCCAGCCACCCGGUUUUACAGAAGUGGAUGUCUUAGCAUCCUUGGGCCAUGGCUCACCUGAGGGAUUUUGCUAACCAGCACUCCAGGGUGGACCCAGAAGAGCUGUUCACCAAGCUGGAGAGGAUUGGUAAAGGCUCGUUUGGCGAGGUGUACAAAGGAAUCGACAACCGCACCAAGGAAGUGGUUGCCAUUAAGAUAAUUGACCUGGAGGAGGCGGAGGAUGAAAUUGAGGACAUCCAACAGGAGAUCACUGUGCUCAGUCAGUGUGACAGCCCCUACAUAACCCGCUACUAUGGGUCCUAUCUGAAGAGUACCAAGCUGUGGAUAAUCAUGGAGUACUUGGGUGGAGGCUCAGCACUGGAUUUGUUAAAGCCAGGACCCUUGGAAGAGACCUACAUUGCCACUAUCCUGCGGGAAAUCCUCAAGGGCUUAGAUUACCUGCACUCUGAGAGGAAGAUCCACAGGGACAUCAAAGCUGCCAACGUGCUGCUAUCGGAACAAGGGGAUGUGAAACUGGCUGACUUUGGUGUGGCUGGACAGCUGACGGACACCCAGAUCAAGAGAAAUACGUUUGUUGGGACUCCCUUCUGGAUGGCACCAGAGGUGAUCAAACAGUCUGCCUAUGACUUUAAGGCAGAUAUCUGGUCCCUUGGAAUCACAGCCAUUGAACUUGCAAAGGGAGAGCCCCCGAAUUCUGACCUGCAUCCUAUGAGGGUGCUUUUUCUGAUCCCCAAAAACAACCCUCCAACAUUGGAGGGACAUCACAGCAAGCCCUUCAAAGAAUUUGUAGAAGCCUGUCUCAACAAGGACCCUAGAUUUAGGCCAACUGCUAAAGAGUUGCUAAAGCACAAGUUCAUCACACGCUAUACCAAGAAAACCUCAUUCCUCAUGGAGCUGAUUGACCGAUUCAAGCGCUGGAAGUCAGAGGGCCAUGGAGAGGACUCCAGCUCUGGUGAUUCUGACAUUGAUGGAGAUACAGAAGAUGGAGACCAGGGUCCAAUCUGGACGUUCCCACCAACUAUUCGACCUAGUUCCCUUAAACUGCACAAAGGAAUAGCUCUCCAUGGCUCUCAAAAGUCUGCUGAGCCCAUCAAGCGGCAGCCCCGAUCACAGUGUCUCUCCACGCUUGUCCACCCAGUCUUCAGGGAGGUGAGAAGGCCAUUUUCUUUGUUAGUGAUGGCUGCAGGUGAAGGGGAAGCAGCUGGGUGGCUGUUCGAGAAACAUGUAAAUGGCAGGGAUUCUUGA